AUGCGGCGUCGUCUCGGCGUCCGUUCCGCCCGCCCCCUGCGCGGCGUUCUGGCGCGGUGGUUCGCGGCCCCCCCCUCUCCCCCUUCCACCGUGAAAGGGCCGGCGCCCGAGGGAAACGGGGGGUGGGCGGCCCCCGGCCUGGGCUUUCUUUCCCACCCCGAGCACCUUUUGGAGAAGGUCGACUCCACCAUCGCGACCUGCGAGGCGCUCCUGGGGGCCAUCCCCGCGGCCCCGACGCCGCAGGCCAAGCACGAUUUGAUCGACUCCACCAGCAAUGUGUUGUGUUUGCUGCUGGACCCGUGCGAGUUUGUCCGGCAAAUCCACCCCGACGAGCGCUACAAACGCGGCGCGAGUUUGGCCUUUCAGAAGGGAUACGAAUACAUGUCAACGGUGAAUUCCCGGCAGGAUCUCUAUGAGGUGAUCCGAUCCCUCGACAGCGCGGAGGGCCGCCAAGGGCUCGAUGAGGAAUCCAUCAAAAACGUCGUCCAGCUCAAGCGGGAUAUGGAAAGCAAUGGCAUCCACCUUCCCGACGCCGAGCGCGCGCGGGUGGUGGCGAUGAAUGUGCGAAAGGAGGAGCUCUCGAUGCGCUGCUUGACGGACGAGGCCGCGGCCUCGACGUUUUUGGCGGAUUUGCUGGGUUGUCGGCACGACCUCGCACGGUUGUUGGGGUUCGACUGCUACGCCGAACAGCAGCUUCGCGGGACGAUUUUGCAGACCCCGGCGAACGUCUGGAGGUUUUUGGGGGGGCUUUCCCACCGAUGCCGCACGGGCGCGGAGAGCGAAAUGGCGCUUCUCCGGCGGACCUUUUCGGAGCUGCGCGACGGAGGGGACGUCCCGGCGGAGUGGAUCGCGCAGGCCACCGCGGUGCUUCGCCAUAACGCGGAGCCGGCGGGACUUCAAGAAUACUUCUCCGUCGCCAACUGCAUUCGCGGGAUUCAGUGCCUCUGCUCGGAGGUUUUUGGGGUCCACCUGGUGGAGGUAGAGUUCCUCCCCGAGGAAGUGCUGAGCGCGGAGGCCAAAAAAUACCACGUCUACGACGCCGAAAAGUCUUUUUUGGGCGUCAUCGUCCUCGACCUCUACGCGAGCCCGACGAAGUAUUGCCAGGCCGGGCAUUUAACGCUCCAGUUGGGGUGCACCCCCCACGCCGAGGCGCUCGCGCGGGUGGGGCUGAAAUUUCCCCCCCGCCAGUACCCCGUGGUGGUUUUGACCUGCAAUGUCGGGUCCUCCCGCCCUGCCGAGCGCCGCGCGGACGGGGGCUACGACGACGAAAAGACUUUAAUCCCCCCGAACGAGGUCACCACUCUUUUUCACGAGUUCGGCCACGCCAUGCACACAAUCUUCGGCCAAACCCGCGUCCACAACCUCGCCGGGACGCGCUCGAGCAUCGACUUUGUCGAGACUUUUUCGCAGCUUUUUGAGCAGUUUUUGAGCUCCUACGACUUUUUGAGGUUGUGGGCCCAUCACUUUCAGACCCACGAGCCGAUUUCGCGCGAGAUUGUGCACCAACACAACACCGCAAUGGGCCUUUUCACGAAUUUGGGGACGUUGGAUUCGGUGAUGCUCUCGGUUGUGGAUCAGGUCCUGCACGGGCCGAAGCCAUUGGCCCUUUAUCACCCCCAAACCAACCCUGGCGGGGGUUGGGGCCUGCACAAACGCACCCUCGGCGACUUCGCCGACUACCAUCGUGAUAGCUUCAACCUUGGGAAGUUGUUGAUGGAGACGACGAAGCCUUUCGCCGCGGCGAAGAUGAGUGAGCAAGGGGCCCUAAACACGCUUUCUUUUGAGCACCUUUCCGGCUAUCCGGCGGGGUAUUAUGGGUAUUUAUACAGCCUGGGGGUCGCGCGCCGGAUAUGGAAGAAAAAUUUUGAACACAACGCCGUCAACCGCGAGGCGGGAGAGGAACUGGUGCGAAAGGUGAUGCGUUUUGGGGCGGCCUGUGAUCCCGCCAAAACACUCGAAGACUAUUUGGGUGAGGAUUUGGUCGAUGUUGACCGUUGGGAAUGA